CUCCUCUUCCGUCAGGGGCUAUAUUUUCUAAACCGUUUGGAGACAAUGCCUAAUACGUUCCAACCUUCCUAGUGUGAUAACUGGUGCAGGAUGUACUAUUCCAGCUGAGGCCUUACCUAUGCCAGAAUUGGUUUCUACUGAAUCUACUGGAUCACAGAGACAUUGAAUGAUGCUGUACAUAUCAUCGGAAACGAGCUUCUCACAAGCAGCCUCAAUCCAUGUGUUCACUCACUGAUGUCCAGCUUGUUACUUCACAGUCUUACUCAGCAAAGUGUCAGAGGCUUGCAGCAGUGACCAAGGAGGUGACUUCUGAACGUACCAGGCACAAAAACCAAAAUUGUAAUUAUUGUUCAGCCAGUUGUCAGUCUGCUCUCUGUGGAAGGCUGAUGAAAUUUAGUUUUUCUCAAGUUCAAGUAAUGGCAGGAUGAAAGACCGGCUAAAUGAGCUGCGUGAAUUUGCCAGGUUAUACAACCAACAGUUUUCUGUUAGUGAGGAUGAUGACAAUUCACCCCACAAUGUUCUCCUUUAUGAGACAGAUUAUGCUUUGGAAAUUCUUCAUAAAGACAUAGAGACCCUCCGGACAGAAAAUGACCACCUAAAAGAGGAUGUCAAGCGGCUCAGAAAACAGAACAGCCGUUUCCUUACUUCGAUGCGCCGUCUUAGUAGUAUCAAACGAGAUACUAAUUGUAUUGCCAGAGACAUCAAGGCCCGUGGAGAAAGCAUACACAGGAAGCUCCAAAUAAUGAGAGAUUUCAGCGAAGACGCAGUAACAAAAUAUGGGGCUAUGUCUGUCAUUUCCAGGGUAGCAAAGAACCACUACGUAGACCUCAUGCAUGCAUUUCAGGAAGCUAUGUUUGACUACAAUGCAGCAGAGAUGAACCAACGAGAGAACUGCAAGAUUCGAAUUCAGCGGCAGCUAGAGAUCAUGGGCAAAGAUGUUUCAGCCAAUCAGAUUGAGGACAUGAUUGAGCAAGGCAAGUGGGAUGUCUUUUCUGAGAAUCUGUUGUCAGAUGUUAAGGGGGCUCGCUCAGCCUUGAAUGAGAUAGAGACACGUCAUAAGGAGCUGGUGAAGUUAGAAGGUCGCAUUAAGGAAGUUCAUGAGCUCUUCCUGCAGGUGGCCCUGCUAGUGGAGGAACAGGCAGACACCUUCGAUGUCAUUGAGAUAAAUAUGCAAAAUGUUGAGGACUAUGUAGGAGAAGCUAAAGAGCAAAUGAAAAAAGCUUUGGAAUACAGAAGAAAACACCCCCUCAGAACAAUACUCUGCUGCUGCUUAUCCUGUUGCAGAAGGUGACUGUCCUACUGAAACUAUCACAGACCAACUGAAAUGUCUUCAAAAUCAGGCAUUCUUUCCAGGGAGUUCUCUGUAAUGACAGCCCCUAGAAAUGAGGGGACUAUUGCAGGUUUUGUUCAUUCAAUUUUUCCUAAAUGUGGUGAGGACUCUUCUAUUUGGAAGCUUCUAGAUAUGUUGAUAAAAUUAUUUUAAAGCUUUUUUUUUUUUUUUAAUUGAAAUGUACACUGUUGCUGUAACUAAAGGUGCAAGAAGAUCUCUGCAAUUAUACCUGUUUCAGAUAAGCAAGAAGAGGAAUGAAUGAUGAGCUGAUACCUCAGCCUAGGGAAGAUAAGAAAUUUUGAGAAGUAACUUUUUUCUUAUUUGUCAAAGUGAGCCUGCAGGCGGUGCAGCUUUACUGCCUGAGGUGACACAACACACCACAGAAUCAGGAGGCUGCAGAUUUAACUAGUUUGGAGCCUGCUUGAUGCAAAUACCUGAUCAGAUAAUUUAGACAUAUCACUGAGCCUGUUAGCAGGAGCAGGACACAGAAGUAGUUUCUAUUUCAACUUUUUUUUCCACCUGUCAUGAAUCUUAACAGAAGUAACUGCAUCUUAAAUGACAAUAUGCACGUUUUGCUCCAUUCGAGUGCAGGUGAUUGCUCUUUCUCCGUUUCAAGCACCCACAGCUUUGUCAAGGUGGCUAGAAGCACUGCAACUCUGAGGCAUCUCACUGACUUUUAACCUGAGCCACUGUCUGUACUCUCAGCUUCAAAACUGCCACACUUUUAUGCUUCUAAUACAUUUUUCUGCCAAUUAACACUUAAGCCAGAAGAGAUGCAUGCAGUGGCCUUCUCACCCAUAAGAAGACAACAGCUGGAACAAGUUUUAGAGACUCCUGUGCUGCCAUAUAUACACAAGCAAUUUAGUGGAAGGAUUAUUCUGUCAAUAUACUUUUAUUUUUUUAUAAACAUUGAUUUAAUGUGUUUUUUUAAUAUCUUUUUUUAAAUAACAAGAAGGAUUCAAUUUAUUAAUGUGCAAUCUUACUGGUGUAAAAAAUCAGUACUUUUCUCCCUUUAUUAGGAAAUCUACACCUGGGAAAGAAAAUAGACAUAUUUCUUCAGUACAGCACAGCUGAAGAAGAAAGAAAACAAAUGUCAUUUCAGUGUUCUUUUCAAGCUUACAAGUAAUCUCCCUUCUUGUGUAAGGGAAUCUGCCCACAGUAGGUUUGGAAUAUGAGGAGGGAAUAGGAAAUUUGCAGCCCUGGAAACCACUGAGCAUUGUCAGUGAAACUUGUAUUCAUAAUGUCUGGUGAGUGAUUAUAACUCCUGCUUCUGGAGGUUUUCCAACUAUAGUUCCAGGUGGUUUCCUGAUACACUGUGAUCUAUUCCUGUCGUUUGAAUUAAUGCAGGACAUUUUUUCAUAAGUUAGUGACUUUUUUUAAACUCUGAUCCUAUUUGUACCUUUUUUUUAAUAAGUAUAUUUGAACAUUUCAGAUAUUUUGUAUUUGGGAGUUUUCCUCAGGAGAUGCGUAUAGAUAUUUUUCCUGCGCCGAUCGCAGUGAAACUUUUCCCUUCUUUUGCACACUAAUUUUAUAUGUGGGAAAAAAAAAAGCCACACAAACAUUUCUUACUCUUUAUAUUGAUAUAACAAAACAGCAAACUAAAUUUAGCUUUCAUAUCCCAGUGGGAAAUGCUUCUUAGCCAGGCAGGCAUUUUUUAUAUAAACAGAAACUAAAUGGAUAACUCUUCUCAGAAACUGAAAGUCUCUUCUGCUGAAGAACCUGUCUAUGACACAUGGAAGAGUGAAGAACACUGAUCUUCUAAACUAGAAGAUACUUUCAAUAUUCAGGGAUGUCCUGAUGAUAUCAGUAUUAUGCUUGUCUGAGGACCUCUUAAAUAACCCAAUAUCCAAACUUGAAGUGGGAGAAAGGAGAGUGUUGAGCUGGCACCAUGACAGCUGCUUUGGUGCUACUCAAGAAGACAAAAGUUGUUUAUAGGAACUGCCACUCGAGUCAAUGUAACUGUGCACUUGUAGAGAAAUACCAUAAACCUACAAGGAUCAGCAUAUGGGCAUAAAUCAAUGAAGAAAAAAAUAUGUAUUGCAUUUUGUCUGCAUAUUUUUAGCACUUACCAAUGCUUUUGAUAAAAAUGUGUGUGUUUUUUUGUUGGUUUCUUUUUUUUUUUGCAUGUUGUGUCUACAAAUGGAUUAAACAAUUUAAUAAGAAAACCUGAAAGUGCAGAGUGCUGUACAUUGAAUCGUCAGCUCUGAAUAGUUUCUUGCAUUGUCAAAGUUAAGUUUAAAAGCUGAUGGACUAAACUCUGAGUUGGUGAAAGGAGCGUAAACAAUGCCUAAAAAAAAAAAAAGUCUUUCUAAUGUUUGUUGCCACAGUAAAUAAAAUGUGUUACAUAUUGAGAUAGACUUACCAUAAUUUUUUCUAUAUAAAUCAUGAAAAAAGAGUUGUAUACAUUUUAAGAUGAUUCUCUACUGCA